UGGUGGGUUUAAGAGCAGCCUCGAGAGCAGGGACUCCCAAUAGUUGAUCCACUUCCUGUGAGAGAGACACUCCGAGAAAACUAUGGCAGAAGUAGCACCAGCCCCGGCCAAAGUGGCAAAGAAGAAGGCUCCCAAGCCGAAGAAGACCGGCCCCAGCGUCGGCGAGCUCAUCGUGAAAUAUGUGUCCGCAUCCAAGGAGCGGAGCGGCGUGUCCGUGGCCGCCAUCAAGAAGCUCCUGGCUAACGGAGGCUACGAUGUGGAGAAGAACAACAGCCGCGUCAAAGUCGCCAUCAAGAGCCUGGUGGCUAAGGAGAUUCUGACCCAGGUCAAGGGGAUCGGAGCCUCCGGCUCGUUCAAGAUGAACAAGAAGGCCGAGGAGAAGAAGACAAAGAAACCGGCAGCCAAGAAAGCCGCUCCUAAAGCAGUCAAGAAGCCCGCAGCUAAGAAACCUGCGGCGGCCAAGAAGCCCAAGGCAUCGGCAGCUAAGAAGCCAGCAGCCGCCAAGAAGUCCCCGAAGAAGGUCACGAAACCCGCAGCUGUCAAGAAAUCAGCCAAGAGCCCGAAGAAAGCCGCCAAGAGCCCCAAGAAGACAGUGAAAAAGGCCCCCGCAGCCAAGAAAGCCCCCGCAGCCAAGAAGGCCCCCGCUAAGAGGGUCGCCAAACCCAAAGCCAAGAAGGCAGCACCCAAGAAGAAGUGAGCUGUCAAUCAGCGACCCCACUAAAACGGCUCUUUUAAGAGCCACCCACUUCAAACAUAAGAGUUCAUCCAUACCUUUUAUUUAUUUUUUUUAUUUUUUUACUUAAAUGUUAAUUGUAUUUUUACCUUAAUUAAUUAUUAUUAUUUGUUUUUGUUCUCUGAAAGCUCUCAACGGGUAUGUGUAUUAUAGAGAUCUGGGUACACCUUUAUUCACUAUUAAUUAGAAUUGCCUUAAUUAAAAAUCUUAUUAGUGCAUCAUGGAUGGGUGGAAAUAAAACAGCCAGAACAAAAACUUCUUCAUUGAUUAAUAUUUGGUGAUUUUAAAACUGAAAUAUUUAAACAAAAGUUCAGCAACCGAAGACAUCUAUAAUGUAUUAAAUGAUUUAUAUAUAUAUAGAUGGGAUAAAUUAAUACCUGAGUGCCUUUGUGGCGCUCCCUGGUUAGUCUCUGUGAACAGACUUCCUGUGAGCUGUAGUUAUGUGGAUUUAUUUAUUUCACAGAUUAACAAUUAUUAUCAAUAAUAAUACUUGUAGUUUUCUCUGAAUCAUUCACUGACAAGAACAUUUUCCUGACUGGCAAUGUCAAACACAAUGAUUUGGCAAACCAGAUCCAACAAUGUUAUUAAUCAGCACAUGAUUUAGUGACUGUUUUUAAAAACAUGAUGUUACCUCAGGAGGACAAAAACUAUACAUUUGCUCUGCAAUAACCAUUCUGAACAAAAUCAGAUGGACCCCCCUUUUAAGAAACUGUUUUCUAAAGUCCUCUUUUAAUGUACUGCACUUUCUGUUUAUUGUUCAAGUUUUGUCAAAGGAGAAUUUCUGUCUCUGUUGGGACAGACAAUAAAA